AUGACCAGUGCGUACAUGACCCCUGUACGAGCAUGUCCCCGUGCUCCUCCAACGGAUUCAUCCACUCCUUCCGAAAUCACUGCUGACCCUCAAGCAGGUCCAUCAAUCUUGACACCUAUGUCAUCUCCCCUUCUCGAUAGUACCACCAAAUCGACCAAGGUCAAGACUAAAAAGGUGAAGAUACCUAAGCCCCAACCACCUAAACCCGAGCCCAAGCCAAAACCGAAACCUGUACCGGUGGGGCCGUUCGAUAGACCAGCUGAGGAAGAGGAGAAGAAUGUUCAUGAAGUAUAUGAAGCUAUCGCAGGUCAUUUCUCACAGACUAGGCAUAAACCAUGGCCGUUCAUCCAGAAAUUCCUACACUCUCUCCCACCCAAUUCAAUCGGAUUAGACUCUGGAGCAGGUAACGGGAAGUACCUGCCUUCUUCCCGAGAUGCUAGAUUAGAGAUGAUCGCUUUAGAUAGAAGCUCGGGUCUGUUGGAGAUCGCGAGGAAUGAGAAUGGUGGAGAAUGUGUUAGAGCAGAUCUCGGAUUCAACGGUUGGAGAAGAGGGGUAUUUGAUUUUGCCAUCUCCAUAGCUGCUAUACAUCAUCUAUCAACUCCUGAAAGGCGACGACAUGCUGUCAAGUCUCUCAUACGUCCACUCAAACUAUCUUCCCAAGCUUCGUACUCAAAAUUCAUGAUCUACGUAUGGGCAUACGAGCAAGGGACACUAUCAAAAAGGAAGAUGGGCACUCUGACUAACUCUUCACCGGGAUCUACACCUAUUCCCAGUACUUCCCAUCCCGGUCUGACAACCGAGCCGGCACCGAAGAGCACAGAAAUUGAAGCGAAAGAUCCAGUAACAGAGGUGGAAGAGAAAAUUCAGGAUCUGCUGGUACCUUGGGUAUAUUCUAAACCACCUCCAGCACCUGGACCUAAGUUGCCUUCCUCCGAAGACCCAAAAGACGAUGACCUCAAGGCAUCCCAAACCGAAGAAAAAGCAGAAGCUAAAGUCUAUCAUCGUUACUACCACUUGUUCGUUCAAGGAGAACUACGGGAAAUAGUCAUACAAUCAGCUGAAGAAGAUGGAUUUAUAGUGCUGUCAGACGGAACUGGUCAGGAUGAACUGGAUAGACAAUUGAAGGAUAUAGAAGCAGGGAAGGAUCAAAAUAAGAAGAAAUGGUUGAGAGUCAGAGGAGUAGGAUGGGAAGCUGAUAAUUGGUGGAUCGAAGGCGAAAUCGGAUUAGUAGGAUAG